AUGAAUCGUCAACCUCCGAUGUACGGAGCUAUAGAUCCCGCACCUCAAGUUGUUUUCAGUGACGAACGUAUAGUAGAAUUCAAUAACGUUACAGAAAGUGUCGCUACAAACAUCGAUACAAUAAAUUCCGGUAUAAAAACACUCGAAAACGCUUCAAACGUAAUCGGUACGUCAAAAGACAACCGCGGUCUUCGUAAUCAAAUACAUGUUACACAGCUAAGUACCAAUAGAAUAGCGUCUGUUAGUACUGAGCAAAUUAAAAAGUUGAAAUUACUAGUAGCUAAAGGUGAUAAAUCUAGAAAACUCCAAGUGGAUAGAUUGGAGGAAAGUUUUAAGGAAGCUGUUAAAAGAUAUUCUGAUUUACAAAAGAAAGUUGCUAAUAAACAAAAGUCUUAUCUACUGGUACCGGAAACCGUUGAAGACGGAGAAGUAGACGAGAAUGAAGACGAUGAAAAACAACUUCAAGCGAGAAAAACGAGAGAAUUGGCUUUCGAGCAAGAAUUUAUCGAAGAAAGAGAAAGAAGAAUCAAGCAAAUAGAAUCUGAUCUUCUGGAUAUUAACCAGAUAACGAGAGAAUUGUCUUCGGUGGUGCUAAGUCAAAGGGAUGCUAUAGAUGAUAUCGAAAGAAAUAUUGAUAGUACCGGUGUGAAUGUUGAAUAUGGGGCGAAGGAAGUAGCGAGUGCUGCGAGAUAUCAAAAUAGAAGUAGAAAAAAGUUGGUGAUUCUUGUUGGGAUCGCUCUAGUGUGUGCCGUUGUUUUAAUCAUUAUUUUAGCAGUAGAAUUGAAAAAAUGA